UUUACGUUUCAUCAGAGGAAGUAAGUGUUAUUCUUGAGCAGUAAUGGUAAAGCGCUACUGGUCACGUGACGCGUUUUCCUCUGACCGCUACUUGUUGCAAACUCGGAAGUAGAACUGUCGAUUAGUGGCAUGCGAAAUCAAAAUUGCACAAUUAAAACAAUUGUGGUAGGAAGCCGACUAUUAUGUUCGGUCAACAUGAAGAUUAUUGUAGGCGCUUUUCCGGUAUAAGUGUAGUAGGCUAUUGCAACACCUUGUGACAUCAUGAGAGGCAAAAGAUUGCCCGCCUCACUAUCUAACUUCGAUUUGAGUCAAGUUCGGCUGACAUUUUCGUGUAGCACACGAAAAUUGCUUGCUUCGGCAGCACAUAUACUAAAAUUGGAACGAUACAGAGAAGAUUAGCAUGGCCCCUGCGCAAGGAUGACACGCAAAUUCGUGACAUUUUCGUGUAGCAGUCAAAUGUAACAGGCAGUUAGGCGACGCUUCAUUGUAAGCAGCCUCAAUGAUAAAGAAAGUCGUAAAGCUACAUUGAAUCGAUGUUAAACUGUGCGAAGAUGGAGGAAAGGCUGGACCCGAAGUGGAUUUGGAUAUGUUCGGGCACAGAGUGAAACGAGAUGCACGUAGCUCUUUGAUUUGACCUGGAUUUUUUCGUCUUCAAGUGCUAAUCCAACAGAUAGCCUAACAAAGAUAAUCAUAUUAGGAAAAGCCUCGAAUAGCAUCGCCAGCAAAACGGUUCAAUCAGACGAGCUGUUGAAACGGGAAUUCUUGCCGCAUGUUUUCCAAACUUGUUCCUGAAAGUUGCUUUUCAUUGAUCAACCCUACGAAUUGGUUUCAAAUCUGCUGUAGCCUAUGCGAGCAAACAGAAACAAGAACUGCAUUGCCUGCAUUUGAUCUCAAUAAUGCAUGUAGGCAAUAGGCUGUCACAGUAAAAUUAGAGGAUGGACGAUUUAUAUAGUACUUGUUGCUACUUGGAACUCUCGGGGUCCAUGAAAAUAUUGCUAUCUUGAGGGAGGAAAUAAGCAGUUUGAGAGCAACACGAUGGCAGUCUGCGGGCGCAGGAACCGACCGAAGUUAAUUAUUUGCCUCUUCGGAGUUUCUGCCAUUGUAUAUUUAAUGUUCUUUAGGCAUAAUUCGGUUGACAUAGGCGAGACGAAUAGGAGAGAAGUUCAUUCAGAGGAAAAAGUAUCAAAUGAACUGCUUAAAAAGCCUGUCUACGAGAAACCGCCGUUGGAUGUAAAUGCUUUAGGCGAAAUGGGUAGAGCUGUCAUAUUGAACCUCGUCGGAGAGGAGAAGAAGAAGGAAGAUGAGAGCAUUCAGAAGCACCAGAUAAACACUUAUGUGAGUGAUAAAGUAUCGCUCCACCGCAGGUUACCGGAGAGAUGGAACCCAUUGUGCAGGGCUGUCAGCUAUGACUACCGCUCGCUGCCUUCCACCUCAGUGGUGAUAGCCUUCUACAAUGAGGCUUGGUCCACCCUCCUGCGGACGGUACACAGCGUGCUGGAGACCUCGCCGGAUGUCCUGCUCAGGGAGGUGGUGCUGGUGGACGACUACAGCGACAGAGAGCACCUGAAGCAGCCGCUGGAGAACUACAUCUCAGGCCUCAGGAAGGUGCGUCUGAUCCGGGCCACCAAGAGGGAGGGGCUCGUGCGUGCCCGCCUCUUGGGGGCCUCCAUCGCCACGGGCGAUGUGCUGACCUUCCUGGACUGCCACUGUGAGUGCCACGAGGGCUGGCUUGAGCCCCUGCUCUACAGGAUCAAGGAGGAGCCGGCGGCCGUGGUGUGCCCCGUCAUUGACGUCAUCGACUGGAACACCUUCCAGUAUCUCGGCAACCCUGGGGAGCCCCAGAUUGGGGGGUUUGACUGGCGCCUGGUCUUCACCUGGCACCCCGUGCCUGACUACGAGCAGAGGCGACGCCGCUCGCCAACUGACGUCAUCAGGUCUCCUACCAUGGCUGGUGGGCUGUUUGCUGUCAGUAAGAGCUACUUCCAUUACCUGGGCACGUAUGACACAGGCAUGGAGGUGUGGGGGGGAGAGAACCUGGAGAUUUCCUUCAGGAUCUGGCAGUGCGGGGGCAGCCUGGAGAUCCACCCCUGCUCCCACGUGGGCCACGUCUUCCCCAAGAAGGCCCCCUACUCGCGGAGCAAGGCCCUGGCCAAUAGUGUGAGAGCUGCAGAGGUCUGGAUGGACCAGUACAAGGAAUUGUACUACCACCGCAAUCCUCAUGCACGUCUGGAGGCCUUUGGAGACGUGACGGAGAGAAGGAAGUUGAGAGAGCAGCUGGGCUGUAAGGACUUCAAGUGGUACCUGGAGAACAUCUAUCCAGACAUCCACAUUCCUGAGGACAGACCCGGCAUGUUUGGCAUGCUGAGGAACAAGGGAAUGACCAACCACUGUUUUGACUACAACCCUCCUGAUGACCACAACCUGGUGGGUCACCGUGUCAUCCUCUACCCCUGCCACGGCAUGGGGCAAAACCAGUUCUUUGAGGCCUCCACAGAGGGGGAGCUCCGCUAUAACACCAGGGAGCCAGCAGGGUGCGCUGUGGGGGACGCUGUCUCCACCUACCUGACGGUGCACCUGUGCAGGAAACCCCACCUGCCAAUCCCGGAGGAGCAGAAGUUUGUCUUCAGAGAGGAUGGGACCAUCUACCAUGUCAUGACCCAGAAGUGCGUUCAGGCCAUCGACAAGAGUGACAACGGUAGUCCAGCCCCUGGCCUACGUCCCUGCUCUGACUCUGCCCUCCAGAAGUGGUUUUUUGAGGAGAGGGCUUAGAGCAUGAAUAACCAAAACCUUACCCCUGGGGGAGGCAUGGGACCACCAAAACCUUACCCCAGUGAUGGAGACAGGACUUUACCCCUAAGUUGGGGGGCAUGGAAGAAUCCUGGACAACCAAAGCCUUAUUCCUGGAGGGACACGGAACAACCAAAAAGGUAUCCAUGGGGACGACACAGGACAACCAAAACCUUAUUCCUGGGUGGGGGUACAGGAGAAGCCUGGAGAAUCUUAAAGCACUGUUGAACCAGACUCAAACACAGGUUCACGUUUUCUAUUCAGGUAUUUGUAUUUAUUUUGAUAGUCUUCCAGGGCACCUUCAGUCAGUCAUGAUUGACGGGGAUGAAGAACACAAGCCCUUGUUGAACCCUUGUCUGUCUGUCUUUCUUUGGAGCAAACUACACAAAUGUCUGCCUGCCUUGGUGGACCUUGUGACUGUGAAUUGGUACGUAUCAGACAGCUUUGGAAAACGUCUUGAAGCAAUUAGCUGGGGGGCCAUACAACUGUGUUUAACAUGGGAGAGACAGCCUGGAACAGAGGAGGGACUGGAAUCUACAGGAUAUGGCACCAUCAUACACUUCUGUUCUUGACAAGUGGUCAUAACCUGUGCAUUUCAAAUGCGUGAGUUUCCCCCUUUUUUAUCUGUCCAACUCAUGACCACUUAGCAACCGGUGGUGGUGGAUGGGUUUGGCAUUGCAGUCCUUUUCAGAGACUCUAGAUUUCUUUUUCAAUAACUGAUCAUAUCACUCCUUACCUCUAGAGGGAGCCAAACACCUUUUUCUUUUCUUUCUUUUUUUUCUUAUUUAUAUAUUUUUGGCAUUAUGAAACACCUCCUACCUCUUUCUGUAGUGACGUACCGAAGUACUGAUGAUGGGAGAGUUUCAAGUCUUAUUUUGAUGGUGGACUUUCAGCACUUAUACAACGAAUGAUUAAAAAAAAAUAUAUACAGUUCUAGUCAAUGCAAUGUAACUCUACAUAGAUGACACAGUCUUCUUUAGAGGCCUAUUUCUAAAAACAAAUAAGUCUUAAAAUAAGUGACUCCACAUAGUCUGGAUAACAUCCUCACUUUCCUUUAUUUACUUUACCAUCAUCCAUCUUGUGUCUGAUCGUGUUCCCAAAGCCCUCAAUUGAUCACUUCUGUUGAACGCAAAGGUGACACAAAUUGACUUUCCAUAGCAGGGAACAGCAGUUUUGGAUUCUACACCUUUUGUAUAACUAAAUGGAACAUGUUGCUCUCUGAAACCCAUACUACCAUACUAUUUAGCAUGCCAGAAACAAAAUGGCAUGUCCCAAUACAUAGCAUAUCUAAUUUAUUAUGCCAAAAAUUACAGGAUAUCCUGCUAUAUCUGGUAGCAGUAUGCUUUUCAAAGAGCCGUACGCCGCUGAGAUACAACAGCAGACCAACCUGUUUACGCCAGCUCAGUGAGCAGUGCCAUGACAACAUGUUCCAUGAAUGUAUGCGUACUGCAUGCAGCAGUAUGCACUUUUUAAGGGCAACUGCAGUACCUACUAGAGGUCAAAUGAUGUUAUUUGGGGAAACAGCAGAGGUUUCUUACUCUUAUUCAGAUUCUAUGCAUCCACUCCACAUCUAUCACCCAUGUUGUGCCUUAGCUGAACUUUGCAAAAUGACACGUGGACAAGUCGUCUGACUGAGAAGCCCAGGCCAAUCUGAACGUGUGGAUGUAGAAGUAAACAUGUAAGGCGGCAGGGGGGUGACAACGGCUCUUCAGGAAGACCCCCCCCUCCACACUCAUGCCACGAAGCUCCUGUCCAGAUGCUGUGACCAUGUGGUGAAACUGAGCUCUGGAACCAGUCAAUACAAAGUUAUUGAUUCUCGAUCAGCUUGGUGUUUGAUCCGUUAGGAUUGAGUUUGCACAGAUUCCUUGUCAUAGAAGGAGCAAAAAGACUGUUUCAUAUAUGGCACAGAGUGUGAACGCAGGACCCAAACAAGACCCGUCUUUCAACAUGAAAGCCCAGAAGCUCUCCCCCAGUGGGAGGGUCAGGCCUGCCACCGUGUCCUCUCUCCACUGAUGUCCAUGUUAACACACCUCACACCAGCCAGGGGGAUAGAUCUUCCACCUUGCUCUUCUCGUUGGCUGUUAAUGGUCCCUAUAGCUAUCUGUUAUUCCAAGCAUGUCCUAGUCGUAAACCCUGUUUUACUCUAGUCUUGUGUAUGCUAAUUGGUUAUGGUAUAUGGCCAUAGUAAAGCUGAUGGCUGGCCGCUCGGCAUGACUGGGUCAUAUCUUUAGUAUGGGUCGUCGUCAAAGUGGGUGACACUCCAAUCGUGUGUGUGUGAACGACCUGUCCCCGUUCAGUAGCAAAUUUCAUUGCUGUACCAUAUCAUGCACUGUACAGUGCAAUGCUGUUGUAUUUUGACUGGGUUCGAUCAAACUGUUAACAUGCUGAAACAACUAGUGGAGAUUAAUCACUAAUGCUGGAACUUAUCACAAUGUCUUGUUGCUGUCAAUGAUUGUGGCCUUAUAAUAUUACAAUGAAGGAUUUAACUAGAAACUUAUUUUUUUUAUGGGGUGGGGGAAACUUUCCAUUGAAUGGACACAACUGGUGCCUUAACUAAGUUGUAACUUUAAAAUGAAAACUUUUGUUGAAGUUAACUCAAAUAAUAUAAAACUGAGUAUUAUUCUGUG